AUGCCUACCUCUGCUGUCACCCGCGCUUCUCCCUCCUCUUCAUUUCCCUCUUCUGCGUCUGCGUCUUUUCCGCUUUCUGAUGCGUUCCACUCGUUGUCGGACCCGGGUUUUUCUCCGGGGCCCUGGCUAGACGCGUGCAUUGAAACGGGUCUUCAAAGCCGCCCCGACCUCUACCGGCCGUCUUCUCCCGAUCAGCAGACAGCAGAGGAGGAAGCGCAGCGGCUUCAAAGCACGGUUGGCGGCCUUCUCGCGGAUGUGCAACAGAGAAUUGCGACUUCCUUCUGCGCACUGGACGUCAAGAGUCAGGAUCUCUCUGCGGCUGUUCCCGCGUGUGUGACGGAGGUCGCGAAUUUCGAAGUGAAAAUUGAGCGCGCCAACGGCAUUGUCAGUGACGCCCUCGACGCCCUCACCACCAUCGACGCAGAGCACCAGGAGAGCUUGCGUCGCCUGGCCGCCCUCGACGCGCUGAAGCAGCACUUUCAGCGCUGCCGUCGCGUGCUGCUCGACCUUCACCAGUGGGACUUCAGAGUUGGCGAAAUCGAGCUGCUUCUUCACAGCUUCCAUCAGCAGACAGCGUCGCCCGUCGCGUCUUCUUCGCCCUCUCCGGUCGCCGAACUCGCGAGCCCAGUCGGCGCCGGCCGCGUGCAGCAGCCGCGCGAGCCCGCCGCAGAUGCGCCGCCCUGCACGGCGCCUCCCUCCGCUGCCUCCUCAACGUUUGAAGCCGCGGCGAACAUCGCGCACCACCGCAGCUUGGUGCAGGCCGCCAUGCACGCCGCAGUUUUGAAAAACUCGGUCAAGGAGAUGAAGGCCUUCGGCGAGUUCGCGGGCCGCGUGCGCGCCGCAGAGCUCCUCGAAAAACGUGUCGUCGCCGUCGCGCGAAAUCUACUGAAGUCAAGCUUCCUCGCCUGCGAUCCUGCUGGCCUGCGGGUCGCGACGGAGGUCUUUCUCACUUUGCAGCGCGCCGCGCAGCUGCCUGAGGAGCUCCCCAAGAGCCUCGCCGAGCAGCUGCGGCGCGUCUGGCGGGCCUUAUGGGCGCGCACGCCCUCGGGCCGGGGCGCGGCUCUCGGGCUCGAGGGGACAGUCGGGCCUUGGGCUCCAGAGCCUCUCGAGGCUGGCGACGGGGGUGCGGGCACAGCGCUCGCGGGAGAGACAGCGGAGGACGCCAACGGCGGCUCCGGCUACUACACAGGAGGGGGGCAGGACAGCGACUACGGCCAUGACGGCUUGGCGAGACCGAACCGCGCCGCGCCUAUUGGGGAGACGGAUGCGCUUCUUUUUUACUUUGAAGAGUUCGCAAAGGUGCUGGAGGAGCGCGCGUCACUUCUUCGGCGCUUCGCGGACGAACUGAGUCAGGCGGAGCUCCGCGCGGCGCACGCGCCGCCGCAGGGUGUCUCCUCGGCGCCGGUCGCUUUUCCGAUGGGCGCGCCAGCGCCCGUGCGGCAUCGGCUCCGUCGAACCGCAUCGCUCUCGCAGGCGCGCUGCUGGGAAGACCUGCUGCUGCGGUCGCUCAAGGCAGGCAGCGAAGUGCCCAGCGAGGAGCUCGAGGUGUUUCUCUUGGCCGCCACGCGGCUCGGCAGAGGCGCAGAGGAGGAGUUCGAAGGCGAAGAGGCUGAACGCGAAAGGGCCGGCAGGAAUUUGCAGCUUCUCGAGCGCAUGCUGCAGACCUAUGAGACCUGCGUGACGCUGCUCUGCGCGACGCCCGUUGUGGGCGAGAGCGAGCCGCACACUCCCCACCUCUGGCAGAAGCUGCCGUCGAACUGUCUCUUCUUCCCGCCGGUGCUGCUGCGCGAGUACAACGCCGCCCUCGCGCGGUCGCUCAGGGCGGCGCUGAUGGAGGAGGCCGCGUCGGUCAAGCAGCUCGACAGGCGCCAGGCGCCUUCGCAGGUUGUGAUCGAGCUCGAAGGCCGACUGGACCGCUCUUUCCAGCGCCUCGCGGACGCCUCGCUGGCGUGCUUCUCAGGCGUCGCCUCUCAGGCGGCGCUCGCGCCCUGUCUCCUCGCCUCGGCUGACGGGGCUCUCGCGGAGUUCCUCUCCUCGCUGUCGCCCGUUUUGCAGACUUUUGCGCAUACGAUUCACCACAAGGCGAAGACUCUCCAGGCGGAACAGGACGUUUCGCGCGGAGGCCGCGCCGGCACCCGAGUCAGCGAGCCCUUCCCUGACUUGCUGCCCUCCUGUGUCCCCUUCGAAGCGCCGCUGCUCAACGCCUGCCUGCAGCAGCUCCUCGUGCUCGCCUCGUUGCAGCAGAAGCUCGCGCAGGGCGCUGCGACGAUAUUCGCGCGAGCCGCGGCGGCGUAUCGCCGCUCUGGGCGGUUCAACACAUAUCUCCGAGGCCUCGUGGACCUACACCCCGACCUGCUGGUGUAUCCCUCACCGGAGGCUGUCGCUCAGAGCACCGCACUGCUCGCCGCAGCGUCGGCGUCGCCGCCCCGCUUUGACGCCGUUUUUCCUGCGAGUGCAUCGAUCUACGAGGCGCUGCUGCACGCCUCGCGCGCCCUCGUGCUCCUGGCGUGCGCAGUGCCCUUCGCGCUGUUUUUGCGGCGCUUCUACCGGCCUGCGCUCGCCAGCCAGCGCGCCGCUGUGACCCGCGAGGCGGCAGGUUUCGCAGACGACGCCCGCGAGCGCCUGCCGUCCACGGUCAUCACCACAGCUGGCGAGUUCUUUCUGCAGCUCCUGCCGCAGCUCGACGUCGCCACAGCGAGUCCGCUGGAGCCUGCGUCGGGGGGCGGCGAGGGUCGAGAGGCUGGCCCCGAGAAGGCGAGCUCUCGAGCGGAGCCUCUCAUCGCGGGCCUUCUUUCCGCCGCGUCGACUGCCUUCUGCCGCGUUCUGCUGGAGCUUGAUUUCUCCUUUUCGCCCUCGGCCGGCGGCAAACCCGCGCACGGCAGCCACAGCGCCCGCGGGCGCGAGCCCAGCGGCGACAAACUCGACGGCGGCGCCUUGCUGCAGCUGCAGUCCGACGCGCGCUACCUGGUCAGCCUCUCGAGCUCGCUGGGCUACGACUCCACAGCCGACCUCGCGUGCCUCCUCGCGCAGGAAGAAGAAGAGACAGAUAGGGGAGCGGAGGAAGAAGACGCCGCGCGCGCGGAUGGCUCGCGCCAGGCAGACACGCCGAAAGCCCAGGAGCGAGCCGAGGGAGCGGGCAUGUCUGCCGCCGACGCCUACAGCGCGGAGAGCGAGCAAGAGAAGAACGACCUGUGCUGCGACAAAGAAGAGAAUGGGAGACGCCGCGACGCGCCCGUUCAGAAGGGCCCCAGCUGGAUGGUCGAAUUGCUCCUCCUGGGGCUAGACGCGCUGGUUGAACAGGACCGGCGUGGGCACGGCGAGAGCGCGAGCGAUUGCGAGAAGGGAGACACCCGCCAGCCGAGCGGCAGUUCCGCGUCUAUCCUCGCGGCGUUCCACAGGCAGGCGAAGCGCACGCUCCUCAAAAAUGCCGCGAAAGUAAAACAGGAAGGCGAAAAGGAGAACCUGAAUUCGCCCUCAGAAGCUGCCCUCGAGGCGGCCGGCGCCUUAUCCGCCCGCGCAGAGGCGACCGUUGCCCUCGAUAGCCCCGCCUCGGACUUGUGGCGCAGCCUCGCAGAGAAAGACGACGAAGAAUGCCUCCUCAUCUGGGCGCUUCUCCACAAGCUUGGAGUCUUUGCACGAGACACCGCCUAG